CGCCAUCUUAUUGCCGCUUGAAGCGGGCUGAGCCGUGAGGUAGUCGCCACUGAAAGGUGUGGUGGUUAGAAGAGUUGGGGGAAGCAAGGGUUAAAAUGGAAUUAUUAAAGGGAACACCAGCACUCAUAACUGACCAGCCAGGCUCUUCUGACACCUCUGGCUCCAGUGAGCAGGUGCCCACUGAAGGGGAUUGUCAGGGCUUUCACUGUUUUGUGUGCGGAAAAGGGUUUAGGUGGGCCUGUCUGCUAAAGAGGCAUCUGCGGGUCCACACCAGGGAGAAGCCAUUUGAAUGCAGUGUGUGCCAGAAGCGGUUCAGCAAGUCCAGCAAUAUGACGAGGCACGAGCGCUUCCACACUGGGGAGAAGCCAUUCGAAUGCACCGUAUGUGGCAAGCGCUUUUCCACAAGCAACGAGCUGCGAGUCCACCAGCGCAUCCAUACUGGGGAGAAGCCAUUUGAGUGCUCUGUGUGCAAGAUGCGCUUCUGUGCCUCCAGCAAUCUGACUGUGCACCAGUGGACACACACCAUGGAGAGACCAUUUGAAUGUGCAGUGUGCCACAAGCGCUUUUGUACGUCGCGUGACCUGUCCGUGCAUCAGCGCAUCCACACUGGAGAAAAGCCUUUUGAAUGCAGUGUGUGCAACAAGCGGUUUUACAGAUCCAGUCACCUAAUACAGCACAAGCGCAUUCACAGCAGAGAGAAGUGGAUGCAUCCUCAAAAGGGAGGUGUAGCCACUUCACUCACUUCAUGCAGUACCAAAGGCCAAACUAUUUCAAGUGUUCCUUUGUAAACUUUUUUUACAUGCCCAGUCAUUUGUUUGAAUGUGACACGGAGUCUGCAGCACAGACAAGGGUACAACAGAUCCAUCAUGGCAUUUAAUAUUCUGAACGGGGUUCCUCCCACUUGAUUUCAUCCUCCCCUAUCCUCCCCAUCACCAUAUCCUUCUAUUCCUUUCUCCCUUCAUGUGCUUAUCCACUGAUGAGAUUCACCUCAACUAGUCACUGUGUCAGGUUUGCAAAUUGUUCACACAGUAUUCAGCU